ACGUCUGCGCAUGCGUUAAAGCAACUGUGCCCGGCUGUCUGUCAGACUCUGGAUGAAGACGAACUCGCUGAUUUCAGCCUCAAAAUGAUGAAAUUUCUGCCUAAACUGCUGCUGCUGGUGCUGCUAGCCUUCCCGGCCACUCUCCUCAUCAAAGGGCCGGAGGUGAGCGCUCAGGAUCUGACUGAGGACGAGGAGGCCGAGGCUGUGGACGAAGACGUGGUGGACGACGUGACGGCAGAGGACGAGGACGACGAGGCGGAAGUAGAAGACGACGAGAACGCGGAACUGACGGAAGAGAAAGAAGACGAAGAGGAAGAAGCGUUGGUCGGAGAGGUGAAGGCUUCCCCCAACGCCGACACCACCAUCCUGUUUGUGAAAGGAGAAGACUUUCCCGCCAACAACAUCGUCAAGUUCCUGCUCGGCUUCUCCAACAAAGGCUCCGAGAACUUCGUCGUGGAGUCUCUGGACGCCUCUUUCCGUUACCCACAGGUACAAACACACACUGCUGCUACCCUAUCUGAUUAUGAGUUCUACAAGAUCGUCUACAAAGGUCUCAAAAAGUUUGUAAGAGGUCUCGACUCUGCUCCAUCUGAACCGGAGGACGGCACCGAGUCCUCGCAGACUUUCUGA